CCCCUCGCACCCUUUUGUCCCCAGGGCGCCUGGUGGCCGCCUACAGGAAGACCCACCUGUGUGACGUGGAGCUGGAGGGACGCGUCACCAUGAAGGAGAGCAGCUUCACCAACCCCGGCGCCGAGAUCGUGGCCCCGGUCAGCACGCCAGCGGGGAAGCUCGGCCUCUCCAUCUGCUACGACCUGCGCUUCCCCGAGAUCUCGCUGGCGCUGCGCCGUGCCGGCGCCGAGAUCCUCACCUACCCCUCAGCCUUCACCGUCCCCACGGGCUCGGCGCACUGGGAGCAAGCAAGCAGGGACAAAUCCUGCAGCCCAGAGGGGCCAAGAGCCUCUUUUUCUCGGGGUAUUUGAGCCUCUUUUUCUCGGGGUAUUUGAGCCCGAGAGGUAUUUUUUGGGUAUUUGGGUACGAAUCCCCGCUCUCUGCCCCACGUCCUGCCCCGGGGGCUGCGGUCAGGCAGUGCCGUGU